AUGGUCCAGACUCCAGCCAACCUCCUGGCCAACAUUUGGAUGCAGAUACGCCAGAAAGGAGGACUUUCUCCUGAAGUGGAAGAGCUUUACGCCUCAUCUGUGACCAAAGGAUCUUCUACCCGCCCAAGGCUUGACGAAGUUAUCAAGGUUCUCAAAGCCGAGGUCAACCGGCAUGCCAGCGUCUAUGUCGUUAUUGAUGCUCUGGACGAGUGUGAGCCUGCGUACAAAUUACGGCUUCUCACGGAGUUGAAGGUUCCUCAAGCCGAAACUGAAGCUAAUGGUUACCUCCCGCUACUAUGA